AUGUCGAGGUCAAUUCAACUCAAGGAAGAGGGCAACCGCCACUUCCAACAAGGCGACUAUGCCGGCGCAGAGGCGUUGUACUCGAAAGCCAUCAUAGCCGACCCCAAAAACCCCGCUCUGUACACGAACCGCGCCAUGGCGCGCCUCAAGCUCGAAAUUUGGGACGCGGUCGUCUCCGACUGCGAAUCGUGCCUCGGCCUCACCCCCGACAACCUCAAGGCCCACUACUACCUCUCCCAAGCACAGCUGGCUUUGAAAGACUACAACUCGGCCCUCACAAACGCCCAGAAGGCCCAUCAGCUUUGUGUGCAGAUUGGUGAUAAAUCGCUAGCUGCCAUCACCGCACAGGUCCUUCGGGCAAAGAAAGAGCGGUGGGAUUGGAUGGAAAAGACACGCACCAGAGAAGCGCGCCACCUAGAAAAUGAGGUCAUUGACUUGAUGGAGAAGGAGCGUGAACAGGCUAUCGCCAACGCCGUGGACGACGGGGAGAAGAGGGAGAUCGAGGCUGAGUGGGAGCAGAAGAUCGCCAUUUUGAGGGACACUUUUGAGAAGAGCCGAUCUGCGGAGGAGAAAAGGCGGGAGGUUCCGGAGUGGGCUAUCGACGAUAUCAGCUUCGGUGUCAUGGUUGACCCGGUUAUUACCAAAACCGGAAAGUCAUAUGAAAGAGCAUCCAUCAUGGAGCACUUGCGUCGUCACCCUAGCGACCCCCUCACCCGUGAGCCCCUCUUGCCGUCGGAGCUCAGGCCCAAUCUUGGUCUCAGGCAGGCGUGCGAAGAAUUCCUCGAACAAAAUGGCUGGGCGGUUGACUGGUGA